GAACCAAUAAAAGCUUCCACAGUCUUCAUCUUGUGUGUUCAGUCAUGAUGGCUUUGUUUUGGCAAGGGGUGCUGCUUGCCAUUCUGGUAGCUGCCAUUUCAGUUAAUGCAGACAUGACACUGGACUGCAGGCCUGACUCUGUGACGCUGGUGUGGACAGAGAGCAGAACCCUGGUCGACCCCUCGCUCUUUCGUCUCAGUAACUGUUUUCCCACCAGCUUCUCGGGCAGGCAGGUUGUUUUUAAUGUGGGCUUCAACGACUGUAGCUUCAGGACACUGGUCACUGGGAAUCGUCUAAUAUACAGCAAUGAACUGAUGUACAUCUCCUCUUCGGACUCCCACAUACUCCCCUUCACCCACCCAGUUGUGUGUUCAUAUGAGAGGCCUAAAGACUGGUACCCCAUCAUCUAUGACCCUGUGUUCGGUACAUAUGGUCAAGGAGCCCUGGUGUUUCAUAUUGGACUCAUGAAUGAUGAUUUCUCAGGCCCUGCUGAAUCCACCAGUUUUCCUCUGGGCUCUUUAAUCCCCAUCAUGGCGAGCGUGGAGCAGAACUCCCAUCAGCCCUUGCUGCUGCUUGUUGAUGAAUGCGUUGCUGCCGCCACACCAGAGCUGACUCCUGAAAGCGAUUUAUACCCAAUAAUCACAAAUAAGGGAUGUCUUGUGGACAGUAAGACGUCCCGUUCAAAAUUCGAACCGAGGCAAAGGUCGUCUGAGAUCCACCUGUCCCUUCAAGCCUUUAGGUUUUCUAUUGGAAAAGAGGUGUAUCUGCACUGCCAACUUGUGGCUUGGGAUCCUGUUGGGCUUGACAACACAAAGAAGGCCUGCAACUACAUCAGAAAUCAUGGCUGGGAGCUUCUGGAUGACCCUGCAUAUAGCAACCUAUGUGACUGCUGUGACUCAACCUGUAAGUCCAGGAGGAUGAGGAGGACAACCUCGGGGAUGCCUGGAGUGGAACAGAAAGCAGUCCUCGGGCCUUUCACAGUCACUGAAAACUCCUGAAGCAUCAGAAAAUGAAUCCAUCAGUUUGACUGGCUCCUACAAUCAGUUUUUAUUGUUUGCCUGGUUGCAUCUUUGCAUUUCAGAUUUGUUGCCAUUAAAGAUGUAUCCAAACUGCUCAA